AUGUCCUUCCUCCCCCUCACAUCCCGCACACUGCGCACCCUCCCGAAACAACAAUGCUUCUCUCUCCUGCGCACACCCACCCGUACCAUAACCAGCAAAGCCCCCUCAACCCCGCAACUCGAUCCGAUAUCCCUCCACCGACUCGAAGCCACGCGUCGCGCCUACUACAAACGCCGCACCUUAUAUUCCGCCUCCGGGUUCCUCGUCGGCAUGGUCUGCAUCUGGGUAACCGCAACCUCAAUCGAUAUCCCUCCGCCUGCCAAACUCGACACCUCUCGAUCUAGCAACUCUCUCUCCUCCUCCUCUCCCGUUACCAUUCUCCCCCCCUCUUUCAAAUCCACAACAACAACAGAAGAAGAAGAUCUCAUCCCCACCGGCACCAGCACCAUCCCCACCUUCCCCAAGACCCUGCACUUCACCGACACCCCCUCGACCCACCCCCCAGAACUCUACCAACUCCUCGGUCUCGGCAUCCGCACCGUCUCCUUCCUGCACAUCCAAGUCUACGUCCUCGGUCUGUACAUCUCCCCCUCCUCAAUCCCCACUCUACAAACCUCUCUCCUCCAACUCGCCGCUCCAAAUGGGGCAUCUACCCUCGUCGCCAACGAAAAAGAUGCUUUAAAAUCUAUGCUACUCGACCCCUCCCGCAGCGAAGAAAUCUGGUCUACGAUUCUCAAAAAUCCCGAAAUAAAAUCUAUCGUCCGUAUCGUCCCAACGCGAAAUACAGAUUUCCACCAUUUGCGCGACGCAUGGGUACGUAGUCUUACAGCGCGGGCUCAGAAAAACAGAGAGGAAUUCGGGGAUGAAGCGUUUGGGAAGGCGAUGGGAGAGUUCAAGGCACUGUUUAAUAGGGGGAGUGUACCGAAGGGACGGGAACUUUUGUUGAGUCGGGAUGAGAGUGGGAAAUUGGGCGUGUGGUAUGAGGAUGGGGUGAGUGGGAGUCAGAGGUUGGGAGAGGUGAGGGAUGAGAGGAUUAGUAGGGGUAUUUGGCUGGGGUAUCUGGCGGGCGCGAAUGUGAGUAGUGAGGAAGCGAGGAGGAGUGUGGUGGAGGGGGUCAUGAGGUUUGUGGAACGUCCGGUUGGGAGUGUGGAGGGGAUGGUGAGGGUGUAG